AUGACUCAGUCAAUAUUUAUUCAAGUGGGCCAGUGCGGCAACCAAAUAGGCCAUCGUUUCUGGGAUUUAGCUUUGCGAGAGCAUGCUGAGGCGAACAAGGGGCAUCGAUUUGAUGAAUCUAUGCGGACGUUUUUCGAUAUAUCAAGCAUGAAUUCUAGGCAAAUUUUGAAAGCUCGAUCUUUGCUGGUAGAUAUGGAGGAAGGCGUUGUGAAAGGAAUUCUUCGUGGUCCGUUAGGAAAUAUCUUUGAUGCUGCACAUUUAAUAACAGAUAUUCCUGGUUCAGGAAAUAACUGGGCUGUUGGAUACUAUGAACAUGGAGAGAAACACGCAAGUGAAAUCAUCGAGGCUCUUCGUCGAACUGCAGAAUCCUGCGAUUGUCUUCAGUGCUUUUUUAUACUCCAUUCAAUGGGAGGAGGAACCGGAUCAGGAACAGGCAGCUUUGUGACAACUCUUCUUGCAGAUUAUUUUCCUGAGGUUUUCAAGAUCAUCACCGCUGUUUUUCCUUCGCUCAAUGACGAUGUUAUUACUUCUCCCUAUAACACUGUUUUGGCUUUGGAUAAAGUUACAGAAUUUGCGGACUGUGUAAUUGCGAUUGAAAACCAAGCGCUUGCAACCAUCGCAAACAAUAUUCGAGGGGAACUUAAGGAUAGAAAAGGUGGAAAUCAACUCUCUUGUGGAAGUGUUAUCUCUGGUGAGGGUGGAAUCUCUGAAGGCAAAGUGAAGGCGUUUGACGAAAUGAACAAUAUUGUUGCCAAUAUGCUUCUAAAUCUCACCAGCUCCGCAAGGUUUCAAGGGACAAUGAAUGUCGACUUGAACGAACUGAGUAUGAAUCUGGUUCCUUUCCCAAGGCUGCAUUAUUUAAUUGCGGCUCAAAGCCCAAUUACAUCUUUCAAAAGCAUCAGAGCUCCGAGAAAUAUCGACCAGGUUUUCCAGGAUGUUUACUCUCGUGAUUACCAACUAAUCUCCACCAACCCAAAGGCACACACAUUCCUGGCCACUUCUCUGUUGCUACGGGGCGAUGGCUUUGCUUCAGACAUUCGAAGAAAUAUUGACAAGCUGCAGAAAAAGCUAAAAUUCGUUCCAUGGAAUCUCGAGGGAUGGAAAGUCGGCCAUUGCGAAGUGGCGCCAGUCGGACAAAAGUCGAGUCUCUUGGCCAUGUCAAACAAUACGUCGAUCACUAUUCCAUUCAGCAAUGUGCUUGAACGCUUUAAUAAGCUUAUCCAUAAGAAGGCUCAUAUCCAUCACUACCUGACAGUGAAUGACUUUGAGAUGGCCAACUUUGAACAAAGCGCGACCAGUCUUUCAGAUCUAAUCCAGACAUACAAGUUAUUUGACUCCGAGUCGGGAGAAUUGGGAGCUAAUGCAAUACCGACGAUUAAAAUAGCAGAUUAA